UUAAUUAGUUCAUAUUGACCAAAAUUUGUAGAAAACAAAAAAAAUUUACUGCGUAGUUGAGUAGAAAUAAAUUGCGAUUAAACAAUAAAAACACAUUCUAAUAAAGCAACAGCUUGAAAGACAGCCUGAAUAUAUAAAAGCUAAUAGGAAAAUAUAAAAAGGAAAAACAUCGAUAUGGCCACCAGAAAGAAAUCUUUGUUGAAAGUUAUCAUACUUGGUGACAGCAGCGUUGGAAAGACGUCGCUAAUGAAUCAAUAUGUAAACAAACGAUUCUCUAAUCAGUAUAAGGCAACGAUCGGCGCGGACUUCUGCACGAAAGAGGUUGUUGUUAACGAUCGAGUAGUUACAAUGCAAAUUUGGGAUACGGCCGGCCAGGAGCGCUUCCAAUCACUUGGCGUAGCUUUCUACCGCGGUGCGGAUUGUUGCGUCCUUGUCUACGAUGUGACGGCGCCAAACUCUUUCAAGAAUUUGGACUCGUGGCGAGAUGAAUUCUUAAUACAGGCCAGUCCACGGGAUCCAGAGCACUUUCCCUUUGUCGUGCUGGGCAAUAAAGUGGAUUUAGAUAAUCGUCAAGUAUCUACGCGCCGUGCGCAGCAGUGGUGCCAAUCGAAAAACGACAUACCCUAUUAUGAGACGUCAGCAAAAGAGGGAAUUAAUGUUGAGAUGGCGUUUCAAACCAUAGCUAAGAAUGCUCUGGAACAGGAGGCGGAGGCUGAACUUAUAAACGAUUUCCCCGAUCAACUACGCUUGAACUCUGAAAACAAUCGUCCAGGCAACGCAGACAAUUGUCAAUGCUAAUAUAAUAAUAUUAUGAUCAACAGCUGCAGCAACAGAA